UUUGAACGCCUCUCCCUUUCCCGGCAAAGCCCUCCGCCGCUGUCGACGAUUGUGGUUUGCUUUGGUUGCGAAAUCUGAGCGAUUCGAUUCAAAUUCAAACGAGCUUCUUGGAAGGAAAGCUGUUUCAGAGACUUUGAUGAAAGUGGCUUCUUCUGACGAUGACACAGCGUUUUCUUCAGCUUGUGCUGUUGUGAGUGUUGGUGAGAAGAGAAAAAUGAACGAAUAUGGUGGAAGUAGUAAUAGUUUAACCCGAGGUGUUGGACAUAACAAUAGAAGGGUGUCAAAUGAUGAUGGAUAUACUGAAAGGAGAGAAGAGUCGGUACAAGCACAACCAAAGAUUUCUGAAUCUGUUGGUCCAAAGUUUAAUGACUUUAGUAAGCUGAGGGAAGAAGCUACCUUUGCGGUUGGCCAGACUUGGGCUCUUUAUGAUACAGCAGAUGGGAUGCCUAGACUGUAUGCUCAGAUCAAAAAAGUUUCAGUUCCUUCGUUCGGGCUUAGGAUCACAUAUCUUGAGCCAGAUCCAGAUGAUGAGAACGAGAUACUAUGGUUUGAAGAAGGCUUGCCUGUUUCUGUUGGUAAGUUCAGGCUUGGACAAAAUCAGAACACAAAAGAUCGUUCCAGAUUCUCUCAUGUAAUCCAUUGCGAUGAAGGAAACAACUCCGCUCAUUUCACUGUUUUCCCAAGAAAAGGCGAAACUUGGGCGCUUUACAAGAACUGGGACAUUAACUGGUCUUCAGAGCCGGAUUCUCACCGCAGCUAUGACUAUGACUUUGUUGAGAUUUUGUCAGAUUACACUGAUGGAGCUGGUGUAUCUGUUGCAUUCUUGCAUAAAGCAAAAGGGUUUUCAAGUGUGUUCUUUCCGAUGGGAACAGAUGAUUCGAACAUAUCUCAAGUUCUACCUCACAGUUUAUAUCGGUUCUCCCACAGGGUUUCUUCCUUCAAACUGAGAGGGAGUGAAGGAAAAGGCAUGCCAAAAGACGCUUACGAGCUGGACCAAGCUGCAUUUCCUGAAUUGAUGGAAGAGAAAGUUAUCCCUUUUCAUCUAUUAGCAGAGCUUACCGCUUUAAAGUCUAAACCGGAAGCUCUCUGCUUUCCUAUUGAGGGAACAGUUUAUAAAACUGGGCAGAUUUGGUCUUAUUAUAGGCGUUACGAAAGAUUCCCUUGGUACUACGGUAGAAUUGAAAAAAUCACUUUAACUCAAGCAUUCGAGCAGCAAGCAGUAUGUACACUACGCAUGAGUCCGUUAAAGGCCACACAUUUCCCUGAGGAUGUCGUCCAAUGGGAUGACAAGAGAAUGCCUGUUGGUUGUGGAACUUUCUUAGCGAUGAAAGGUAUCCAAAUACUUACUCCUAAUGAUGUUUCGCAGCAGAUAUUGCCUGAAAUUUCCAUGGAUGGAAAGGAAUAUACCAUUCUUCCCAAGGUUGGCGAUCUUUGGGCCAUAUACAAAUGGUGGACUCCUCACUAUGAGUUUAAUUUCAUGGAGAAAUACUAUGACUAUGAUAUUGUGGAAGUUCUUGAUGACACCUUGGACUAUAAGGUUUUAGAGUUGGAGCCUGUGUCGCUCUUUAAUGAAGGUUCCAAAACAACAUUUUGCAGAGCAACCGAGACUAGGCAUCGUGAUACUGAUGGGGAAGAAGAUGGAUCAGAAGUCAUAUUUACAAUCCCAAAGUCGAAAAGGCUCACAUUCUCGCAUCAGAUUCCUGCUUGCCUAGUACUGUAACUAAGUUGAUCGACGGAGAUUUGAAAGAGCUUUUUGAAGUUGAUUCUAGAGCUGUUUGUUCAAUGACCCUGUCUUCAGACAUUAGACGUGAGCGUUUGAAUGAGCGAAGGAAGCAAGGGAAGAGUAGGGACUAGGGAAGUAUUACUUUUUGUUAGCUUUUGGUGCAUUUUGUCAAAAUGUUUGUUCUUUGGUUUAAAGACCUGAAACUUACUUAAGACUUUCUUACUGAUGAAAGAUGUAAUCAAAGUUUUCAAAAGAAAAAGAAAAAACAUAAUCAAAGUUCCAAUUUUGUUA